AUGUACGGUAUUAAGUCUAAGAAAUCCACAACGGUAACUGUGAGUCCGACUGUCCGUCACCUUAGUUUGGAUGGAUGCGACGGGAAGGAGAGAACCUACACCAACAGGAGACUCGAGGACCUGGAUGACUGUGCAGCCGUGGCAGCGUCCCGUCGUGGGCAGGACAGACCUGUGCAUUGUAUUGUAUACAUCUUCAACAUCCCACUUCGUGUGGUGCAUCAUGUAGCCAGAACUCGUGAGCCCACCAAACUCCCGUACCGCGUGUCAAUGCUUGCAUCAGACAAGCACAGGGACUACGGCUUCCUGCAUAUACCAUUUACUCCCUCGACCUCUAAAAACCUCCCUCACAUCACCCCGGCCCAGCGCCGUCAGUCGGCUAUCCGCCAAACGACCCUGUCUACCACCUUGUCCCCGCGACCUCAUGUGGUCCGCGACGCGAACACCGGUCUCGAGACGACUGCGCCAACCAUCGAGUCCAAGGGACCUCGUCCUGUCGUGACCAGCACGUCGCACAAGAAACGCCUCUUUCCUCUCCACCAACCCACUAUUGGAGACUCCUGA